GUCACCAGUGUUAAAGCUUCCACUCGCCUCAGGAUCAGCAGCCAUGCCUGACCUCAGCUCGGAUUUCAGUGAUGCCGAUGACACCAUUGUAUACCCGGAGGGGCUGAAGGAGAUAUCUGAGCAUCUCUCGAGUAUAGAACUCAACAAAAGACUCAAGCUGCUGGCACGCAGGCUGAUGGACCUGGAGCAGAACUCGUCGGGAGAGAGGAAGUGGCUGGCACCGCUUGCACGGCUCUUGGCCACAGCGCCGUUCCUGCGCCACGCCGAGAGCGCAGUGCGCCGCCUCACGGCCUGCUGCCUCGCCAGCAUGCUCCGCAUCCUCGCUCCACAUCACCCAUACUCCUCAUACUCGCCAUCAUCAGCGCACGCUCACAUCAAGGAAAUCUUCAUGUUCUUCACAGAGCAGCUACAAGGUCUGGCUGACCCAACUGGAUAUGAGUACAGACAGUGCUACUACCUGCUGGAGAGCGUCACCCUCGUAGAGUCAUACGUGCUCUGCCUGCAGCUGGAAGACAGCAGCGAGGUGUUCACUCAUCUCUUCAGGACUCUAUUCUCUGUCGUUAGGCGGGACAGCGUGGAGAAUGUGCACCGGCACAGUGUGACACUCAUGAGCACCAUCAUAAUGGAGGCCAAGGGCGCCAGCACCGCAGUCCUUGACUCUAUCCUUUACAACCUAAUCAGAAGCGAGGAUUUUGAUGAGCGAUCCUAUAGCCUGGCCAAAGAUCUUCUGAAGAAGACAACCGAAGUCAUAGAGCCGUCCAUCACAAACCUCUUCAAUCAGGUGGUUAUCCUGGGUAGGGAGGAGGUGAGUGACCUCUCCACACAUAUGGGGGAGCUUCUCCUGGAACUCUACGCCAUCGACGCCUCACUGCUGCUCUCCACCCUGCCUCAGCUCGAGGGGAAGCUUACGAGUGAAGAUGCCUCUGUGCGUCUCGCCACCGUCUCCCUCCUAGCCAAAAUGUUUGGCGCCGCUGGAUCGGAGCUGGCUUUGAAAAACUCAAGGCUUUGGCGCUGUUUCGUGAGACGCUUCAAGGAUGUGAGUGCACCCGUGAGGCUGCGGUGUGUGAAGUUUGCUGCUCGCUGCCUUAAGAACAACCCAGGGCUUGCCAAGGACCUGUGCGACGCGCUGGAGGGCCGAUCCCGUGACCCUGAGGAGGCGGUGCACUUUCAGCUGGUCUGCUGCGUGUCCUCCGCCUUGAAGCUGGAGCCAUCCCUGUUGCAAUGGGAUGCACUUCCCCGAAUACUUCGUUCUGCUACGGCUGACAAACGCGUGAGUGUUCGUAAUGAAGCUAUACGUGGCCUCGCCAGCCUGUACUACCACCAGUGCCAGCACGAGGACACGGACGCUGUCUCCUGGAUCCCUUCGGUGCUGCUACAUUUCUACUACCGCAACCGUCUAGAGGACAGGCUCUUGGUAGAGCGAAUGUUCACACAGUAUCUGGUUCCAUACUGUCUGGAGGCAGAAGAGAGAAUGAACCAGCUCCUGCACCUGUACUCCUCUCUCCCACCCAGCGCCUGCAAGGCUGUAAAUGAGAUGUGGAAGAGUCAGAGCUCACUGAGAGCUCAGCUCCGGGCUCUGUUGAAGCUCAUUAUCAAGUCCAGGACAAGCACUUUGGACAAGGAGAUCUUGGAAGCAGAAACGGCCAUUGCAGUUUGCCUCCCAGACCACGGGACCCCAGAGAAAUGUUUGCGAGGAUUUACCAAACUGCUGCGCUCUGACACGGAGAUGCGGAAGCUGGUGGCAGUCAUUGUGGACCCAGAGUGCUGCUGUAAAACAGCAGCACAUUGCCUGAGGGAAGCACAACAGAGGCUGGAGAUGGUGAGAGCAGUGACCAAGCCCAUGGUUGGCUCUGUGAUGAAACUGCUGGGACGUGUGGCUCCACUGAUCAUCGAUGCAGAGGCCGUGGAGGUGCUGGUGAGGAGUGUGGAGCCUCUGAGCGCUGCGAUGGAAGAAGAAGAGGGUCUCUUGCUGGCACCCAUUUUGCAGGAUGCUAGACCAGCAUUUGAGCUACUCAGAGUGCUGUCCUUCGUGCACACCGAUGCAUUCCUCUCUCCCCGUGUGCUGGAGCCUGUGCUGCUGUGUGUGAGAGUGAAGUACGCGGAGAUCUGUUCAUCCGCUCUGCACAUUCUGCGCAACACAGCCCCGGGAAUGCUCGCACAACGUGUGGAGACACCAAAGGAGCUAGUACCCAUGCUGCUGUCUGUGUGUCGCCACGGUGCACCCGGCCUAGUCAAGCACGCCCUGCACUGCCUGCAUGGUGCCAUCCCUGAUUGGCAGCGCCACUUUGCUCACGUGUUCCAGCAUGCAAACAGUAAGCUGGUAGCUGACACUGCUCCAGAAAAGCUUCUGGGGCCGCUGGCCUGCGUCAGUGUUGUGGUCCUGCUGGCACCAGAAGAAUUCUCCAACUCUGUCACCCCCCUGGUGGAUGACUUCAUUGUUGCAGAGCUGCUGAUGGGAAGCAGGUUUCCAGAAAUUAGAACACCAGCAUUGUGGAUUGACAAGGAAGAAGUGUCUCCUGAAACAACUGCUAAGAUGCAGGGCAUGAAACUAUUGGUGAGGUGGCUGCUGGGAGUGAGGGAUUCCUCUCUCGUCCCCACUACCUUGAACCUGCUCUGCAGAAUCCUGGUUGCAGAAGGAGACCUAUCGGGGCAUGGCAGCAUCAGUGAGGCGAGUAAAUCUCACCUGCGUUUGGCAGCCGCGGUAGCAAUGCUGAAGCUGGCUCAGGAGCCCAGCUACCGAGAUGUCUUCUCCCACCGCCACUUCCAGCUUUGCGUGCUCGUCAUCAAUGACCAGUGUUUCCAAGUGCGCGAGCGUUUUGCAGUGAAGCUGCAUAAAUUGCUGACUCGGCUGUGGCUGCCGCUGAAGUUUGUGUCGGCGUUUGCGCUAUGCGCACGCGACCCUAUGCCUGAACGCCGUCUCCACGCGCACCACUGCCUUCUGCACAACGUCGCAGUGCGCCGCCAGCUGUGGCACCAGCGCGUUAGUGCUACUAGUAGCACCACACUCACGGAUGUGGAUCGUACCCUGCUGCCUGAGAACAUGCUUCCCUUCACCGUGCACCUCCUGGCUCACGACCCUGACUUUAGAGACCCUGACAGUGUCAACCAGCUGCUCGAUAUCCACGAGAGUGUGCAUCUGGUACUGGAUGUGCUACUGGACUCGGAUGAGAACCAUAGUCACGCAUACAUGUGGAGGAUGUUGGCGUUAAUCAAGCAGACUCAUGACCUCCACCACCCAAACAGUGUCAAGCUCAACCAGAAGCUGUACAGCAUAUGUGAUAUUGUACUGGAGUAUAUUGAAGCUAGGAGCACCACGUACAAGUUGGAACCCACAUUCAAACCACUGCUGCCAGCCGGACUCUUCACAGCACCCGACAAGAGCUUUUCCAACACAAAGAGAUACCUUCCUGAAGGCUUCAAGCCACCUCAGUUCAGCACUAAGGCUGUGAGGAGUCUGGCCGCACAGAGCCCCAACAUUAUGGGAAAGAGGAUUCUGACAAUCUCUGCUGCCCAUAGUCUGAAGGCAGACUUACUCAGAGUGCAAGAAGAUGAGACCCCGGAUGAUGGGAACCAGAAGGAAUAUUCAGGAAGAACAUCAUCAUCCAAAAAGUCCACAGAAUCUGGUGAAACGCUGAAGAGGAAGCGACAGUCCAAGACACCAGAGCCCAGCAGGGCCACGGGAAAGGCAGUGGAGAAAUCAGAACGCCAGGUCGGGGCCAAAAGGCCAACACGAACCAAUGGAACCACCAAAGCGGAGGAACAAGAGGAGGCAAAGCAACGUCGCCAGACACAACGCCGUAAGCAGCGUACGGCAUGGGGAAAGGGGAAACGGCCGUGAUAAUGCAGUUGUGCUCGUGGCCCCCUUUAAAGGUGCAAAGGACAAUGUUGGUAAUGAUGACGGUGAUGACGUUUUAAAAGUUUGGUGGAAGGACAAAGCUGACUCGAUCAGAGGGGCUGACUCAGUCAUACGUCGCGAGUUCAAAUGCAAGUAUGUGGAUUGGCUCAAUCCAUCAGCUUCAGCUGUGUCAGCAGUAACAUGAACAUCUUUGGUAGCAUCACCGCCAUAUUUAUCAUCAUUAGCACCUGCAGUAGCAGAUAUAGCAUCGACAUCAUCAUUAGUACCACCAUCAGCAUCAGUAACAGCAGAAAAUAAAUGAGCAUCAGUAUCCUCAGCAACAGCAUUAGGUGCAGCAGUAUCAAUAGCAUCGUCAGUAGUAGCAGUAGCACCACCACCAUCAGUAUCAACAGCAAUACCAAAAGCAGAAAAUCUUCAUCAUAGCAGCAAUAGCAUCAGCAGCAAUAACGCCAAAAUAUGAUUCAGGAGCCUCAGCAAAUCCAUCAUCAUUGUCAUCAUCCUCAUCCCUUCGUUGUGCUCAAUAAAAUGAGUGGCACCUCUCUUUGUAGGGCAGUCAACAGUUAUUAUUUUGUGUUUCAUCUUGCCACUGAAGUGUGUAAAUUGCACUGUUGCGCAUUUUAGAAGAGGGAGGCUUUACUUAAUUGUUGAUUAUUAUUAAACUUCGGCUUUAGAGAUUCCCUUGGUUGCCGACCUCUGGGUGCCACUUCAAUGCCUGUCUCAGUGACCUGUCCUCCUUCACCCUGCACAUGUGCCCCACCCAUCACUACCCCCUCUUUAUGGUUACAUCUACAACACCUUCCUACCACGUUCUAUUUCUAACCUCCAAAUUGCCUGCUGUGUUUUUCUCCAUACUACACACGUUUCCCACCCAUCAGUCUUCUGAAUUCAAUGUAGGUAUUUAGAGUUGGUAAAAAAAUGUAUGAAAGUAAAUAUUAACAUCGUCAGGAUGCAGUGCUGGAAUAAAGUGUGAGGAGUUGAGAAUCGAUGUGUGUGUGUUGCUAAAGCAGCGAUCAUCACAGGGUCUCUUCGUAUUCACAGCAAUCAGCUCCACAGUCAUUACGUCCCUGGUAAGGGGAAGACUGCCCAUCGUCAUUGUAAUGAUCGGUGUCCAUCGUUAUCUUCGUUAAAA